AUGCAGCGACAGAGCAGCCCAAAGCCCGACGGUAUCCCAGCGACGUUUCCGCAAGCCAUCGCCCACCGCGGCUACAGCGCGCUCUUCCCAGAAAACUCAAUGGCUGCCUUUCGCGCGGCCGUCGAGGUCGGCGCCCACGCCAUCGAAACAGACCUCCAUCUCUCCAGGGAUGGCGUGAUUGUAUUGUCACAUGACUCGACACUAAAGCGCUGCUUCGGGGAUCCGCGCAAGGUUGCUGAGUGCGAGUGGGAGGCUUUGAGCACGCUCCGGACUCUGCGCGGCCCAGUGCAGCCGAUGGCCCGCUUGCUGGAUUUACUGGAGUACUUGGCUGGGCCUGGCGUGGAAGAGAUCUGGAUCUUGCUUGAUAUCAAGAAGACCGACGAUCCCCGCAUUAUGUGCGCUCAACUGGCAAAGACAAUAGCCAGAGUCCCCUCCGAGCGCCCGUGGGACGAACGUAUUAUCCUCGGCGCGUGGCAGGCAGAAUGGGUGGCAGCAUGCCAUCUCCAUCUCCCGGGCUUCCCAGUCGCGCUGACGACCGCGUUCCCCGCGUACGCCUCCGCAAUGCUGGCCGUCCCGGGUCUCCAUUUCAGCGUCCUCAACUACGCCCUCGCGACGCAACGGGGGUCCCGGCUCCGCGCGAGGGCGCGCGCGCAGGGGCGGCGGAUCUUCUCGUGGCCUGAUAACGCGGACGAGUGGAUGGCGCGGAGUAUCCGCUGCCAGGCCGAUGGGGUGAUUACGGACGAUCCGGGACGCUUCCUCGCGCUGUGUGAGCAGUGGCAGCAGGAUGCGGUGCGGCGCAAGGCCGGCCGGUCUACACCGCGCGAGGCGGUGCUCUGGGUGGGGGUGAAUCUGUUGGUUUGGGUGCUGGAGCUGGUGGAGUUUCUGCGGGAGGGCUCGCCGCGGGAGAGGGUGCGAAGGGUCCUGGGGUCCAUCCACUCUGAUGGGGAGGGGAUAUCCUCGUAG